CCGACACUCUUUUUUUCUUGGGACACACAAUUUUUUUUUUUUUAGGUAUGCCUUCAGCACAAGAUGAUACUUAUUGUAAAGCAUGCAAGAAGAAGUUUAAUAAUGCAGCAACAUUUAAGAACCACUUAAAUAGUGCAAAGCAUAUAGCCAAUGAAAAGAAAUUUAAAUCAAAACCUCAACAACCAAAACAACAGGCCAAGCAGACACCCAUUCAAGAAAUAGAGAAUUUACUCCAAUCGUCUGAUCUAUGGAGUCUUUUUCAAGCCUUGAUCCUAUGUAUAGAAAUAGAUGACAUCGUUCGAGGAAGACCGAUCUAUUCAACACUCUUGAACCACAAAAACUAUCUGGAUAUGAUCUUGCGUUCAUCCAACUCGCUCUGA